GCCGAAAAGAACAGAAGCGCUGGGGCUUCGAUCGGCAUCCAUGGCGGCGAAGAAGCAACAGGUCGACAAGACCAAAAAGAGAAAGCGAAUUCCAGGUUCUAACACCGAAGCAGACAAACCAUCUCCUUCGAAGGUGCCCAAGCUUGCUGCCUCAAAACCUUCCUUCCCUUCAAAGAACAAGGCCUCUGGGAAGCCCACGAAAUUCAUUAAAAAGGGACACAAUGUUACAGAUGGUAAAGAGAAGAAAGCUCCGGUUACAGCUCGAGAACGUCGAUUGCACGCCAAGGAACUUGCAGAGGCUAGAAAGAAGAAAAGAAAGCGGCAUUACACACUUGAACAAGAGCUAGCACGUCUGUGGGAGAAAAUGAGACGCCGUGAUAUUGCUAAAGAGGAUAAGGCUAAGCUGGUGACAGAAGCUUUGCAAAAGAUGAAGGGGAAAAUUCCUGAGAUUGCUGGGUCUCAUGUGUCUUCUCGUGUUCUUCAGACAUGUGUUAAGCAUUGUUCACAAGCUGAAAGAGAUGCAGUAUUUGAAGAGCUUUGUCCGCAUUUUAUAACUCUUUCAUACAACGCAUAUGCGGUUCACUUAGUAAAAAAGAUGCUGGACCAUGCUUCGAAGAAACAGCUUGCAGGCUUUAUCUCCUCUCUUCAUGGGCAUGUUGCUUCUCUUCUUCGUCACAUGGUUGGAUCAGUUGUUGUUGAGCAUGCUUAUGAAUUAGCCAAUGCGGCCCAAAAGCAAGAGCUUCUAUUGGAAUUAUGUUCUACAGAGCUUCAGUUAUUUAAGGACCUUGUCUCCUUGAAGGAAGGCAGGUUAGUAGAUGUAAUUUCCAAGUUAGGACUUCAGAAAGUUUCAGUUUUGCGACAUAUGACAUCAGUGAUCCAACCAAUUUUAGAGAAAGGAAUAGUUGACCACUCAAUAAUACACAAACUAUUGACGGAAUAUUUAAGCAUCGCUGAUCAGUCCUCUGUCAGAGAUAUAAUAGAACAACUGUCCAGUCCGCUCCUGGUUAGAAUGAUUGGUACAAGGGAUGGGGCCAAACUUGGGAUUCUUUGUGUAAAGCAUGGGAGUGCCAAGGAAAGGAAGAAGAUUAUCAAAGGAAUGAAAGGCCACAUAGACAAAAUAGCUUAUCACAAAUAUGGAUGCAUGGUGCUAGUCUGCAUAAUUUCAGUUGUUGAUGACAAACUGAUAACAAAGGCUAUCAUUUCUGAGCUUCAAAGAUUUUUAAAGGAGCUUGUUUUGGAUAAGACUGGGCGGUGUGUUUUACUCCAAUUGCUUCAUCCUAAUUGUUCCCGCUAUUUCAGUCCUGAUGACCUUGCUUCCUUGAAUUCAUAUAUACCAUCACUUCUUGUCAAGGAUCGCUCAGAAGUGGGCACUCAGAAUGAAACUUCCAAGGUUGAAGAACCUUGUGACAAGGAGGCUGAGGAGGACAUGGAAGUGACAGCAGAUGAAGUCAAUAAAGAUAAAACUUCUAAGGUUGAAGAACAUAGUGACAAGGACGCUGAGGCGGACAUGGAAGGUGAAGCCGAUAAACAUAAAACUUCUGGGGAGGAUUCUCACCUAGUUGAGAGUGGGAAAAAGGAUCCACUUGUUAGAAGGCAAGAACUAUUGAUCAAGAGUGGACUUGCAGAGAGUCUCAUUGAUCUAUGUAUUGAGAAUGCUGGAGAAUUUAUACAAUCAAAUUUUGGCAAAGAUGUCAUUUACGAGGUUGCAACUGGGGGUUGUGAUGGCAUACUCCGCCCAGUCUUGGAUGACAAGAUAAGUUCGCUUCAUGAAGCAAUCGCAUCUCUUGCAGCAACACCAAAAUCAGAAGAGGAUGAACAUGUCCUUGAGAAUUUUCAUUCCAGUCGGACCAUUAGAAAACUUGUUUUGGAUUGCCCCAGUUUCGCUUCUACCUUAUGGGACAAAGCCUUAAAAGGGAAGAGCGAGAUUUGGGCACGUGGUCACAGCUGUAAGGUUAUUUCUGCGUUUGUGGAAUCAUCAGAUCGCAAGGUGCAGAAACUCGUAAGAAAUGAGCUGCAGCCUCUAGUUGACAAUGGUAUACUGAGAAGCCAGCCAAAGCCAGUGAAUUAGCAAUCGAUGAAUGAUAAACAGAGAAUACAGCUGUUUUUGCUUUUUCACAGUUGAAGACACGGCAGGAUUUGCUAUACACUAAUCAGUGGCCAAUUUUGUGGAGAAACUUGUUGUAUUUUAUUUUAUUUUUUAAAAUCUACAUCCUUUUCAAUUUAAUUUUGUUCAGAAUCUCUUUCUUUAACCAGUGGUUAAUUAUGUUUAAAA